AUGGAUUAUUUCAACAUUCUUCCUAUGGAGAUUAUAUAUGAUAUUCUCACUCGCAUACCAGCUGAAUUAGUUUUGGAUUGCAAGUCAGUAUCCAAAACAUGGAGAAAUCUAAUUCAGGAUCCAUCGUUCUCUAAGAUGCAUGUAAAUCGUCUGAAUCAUCAUGUUGAAUCUGGUGAGUUUGGUUUUCUUGCCUUGGAAUCAGAUAUGAGACGGCUUUACUAUUUUGAAUAUAUUGAGAAUCAUGAGAAACGCAUUGAUGGAAUAAGAAGGAUCAAUCUAACACCUCCAUUGAAGUGUGAUAAAUUUGUUGGUUCUGUUAAUGGUUUGAUAUGCCUUUAUGAAUGGUCUGAUACUGAUAGAUUUUGUAUUUGUAACCCCCUCACAAAAGAAUAUGUUUUUCUUCCUGAACUCAUGCAAAAGCCUGGUCAGUAUUGUAGCUGGGUUGGAUUUGGCUAUCAUCCGUCAACCAACGAGUACAAAGUUGUACGAGUUCAUGAGCUAAAGACAGAACCCAGUUUUGGAGAAGUUAUGGUGUACACUCUUGGGAGCGGCAGUGGUUGGAGAAGCAUUGGAAAAUUCCAUCUUAAGUUUAACCAUAGUUGUUAUUCAGUAAAUGGUAUCUUUGUGGAUGGAGCUCUUCAUUGGAAGGAUAGAGAAGGGAUGAUUCUGGUCUUUGAUUUGGCUGAUGAAAACUUUCGUGCACAUGUUUUACCACCUCCUCCUUCGCCAACCCACAGUUGCUUUUCUAUUGGAGUUUUAAAUGGAUUUUUAUAUUGUGCCCAAAGAUAUCAUGGUUCAGCCGUUAGUUAUCAGUUGUAUUUGGAUUUAUGGUUACAUAGAAAGAAGAAUGUUAACUAUGAAACAAAUGAGCACCAGUCAUUGGGUUGGACUAAAGAGUUUACUGCUGCUGCAAAUAAAAACGUAUUUGCAUUUACGAAAAGUGGUAGUUUCUUAAGUUACAGUUCUACCUAUGUCAAUAUUUAUGACCCAAAAGGUGCAACCGCAGAACGGCUGGUGGAUUUUAGAAAGCAAAUUUGUCAAAUAUCUUCUCACAAGAAUACAUUAGUUUCAUUGAAAGACCUAGGAGAAGAAAAUACAAAAAUAAGAAGCAAAAAGGCUGCAAUUAACCAACCAAGUAGUUGUUCAUGA